AUGCUCGCAGGGUGGGCCACUGCCCGAGGUGAGCAGUUGAGAAAGAAAAUCGAACAGCGCCCAUCUCGCGAACGUCUCCUCAAUCAGCACAUUUUGCUAUCUGAUGGCCGUGUAGCGCCGUUGAUAGAGCAGAGGGCGCGUCUACUACGACAAGAUCGCAUACGUCAAAAUCUUAGUCGAAAACUAGAGGCGCGGCCCGGUCCACUAGAGCUUGUGACUCGGAAAAUCCUCCAAGCAGACGCAGAACUGGAGCAGGCUAUCGAAGGUGAACCAUUUCUAUUAUAA